UGUCCACACCGUAAACCAAACUGAAUUGAAUGAUUGACGUUACGGAUUGCACUCGUACCGCGUCUGGUGCUUCAGUUCAAUUUUCAUGAUGGUUAAAUCGAAAGUGAACAACGUUGGCGAGCUGCUUACAAAGACGCUGGGCGAUGACAUCGAAGUCGUCGAUCAGAAGACUACUAUUCUUACCGCUCCCGGUGAACACUAUGGGAGCAUUAUGUUGGCCCUGGACGUGACAGUGAGAAAAGCCGGUGGUAAGGAACAAGUGUUAAAUUUAGUAGCAAAACUUAUUCCCGCCAAUGAAGUGUUGAGAAUUGCCUUCGAUAUCGGAGUUACAUUCAGAAAGGAAGUGAUCGCUUACACCGAAACUAUUCCUGCUCUAAUUGAGCUUCAGAAAGAAUACAACGUUCCUGAACACCAAAUUUUGGAUAUAUUUCCCAAAUGUUAUGGAGCUAGGGUGAGUCUGGACGAAAAUAAAAAUCAGGUGGAUGAAGAUGGUGUGCUAAUAUUCGAAAACUUAAAACUUCAAGGAUACAAAACUGAAGAUCGUCUGGUAGGCUUCGAUUUAGAAGCUACAAAUAUUAUUAUUCAAGAUUUAGCAAAGUUUCAUGCUGUUCCUCUUGCUUUAAAAUUACUUAAGCCUCAUGUGUUUGACGAAAAGGUACGACCAUGUCUGGUCAAAAACAAUGGUUUGGAACAGCUUCCCGAAGAAGUAGGCCUAGCAUUCCAUAACAGUAUAAUGGAUGGAGCCAAAGACAUUCCAGAACUCCAAAAAUACUUGACUCGUCUUCAAGAAAUUGUUGAUGAUGCGGCAGCAAAUCCGUAUGUAAACAGACCGCCACCUAAUGAACCAUGGGGUACCAUGGCCCAUUCUGAUUUCUGGGUCAGUAAUACCAUGCUUCUGAGGGACAACAAUGGAAAAGCAAUUAAAAAUAAGAUCGUCGACCUCCAGAUAAUGCGGUACGCUUCUGCAGUGCGCGACCUUGUGUUCUUCCUCUUUACGAGUGUCACAAAUUCUGUCUUAGAAAAACAUAUCGAUGAUUUUAUUAAAUUGUAUUACAACAGUUUCAUUGCUGUUCUCAAUGACUUUCACAUCGAUCUUGCACAAUUUUCAUGGGAUGCUUACAUUAAAGAAUUAAAUGAAGUGGCGCCCACCGAGGUUUAUCACGUUUUAGUGAUGCUGAAACCUAUUUGCACUGAGAGGGGAAAAGUACAAAAUAGUUUAGAAGAUUUUCAGGAUUCUGAUUGGAGCAGGAAAGAUUUACUGGGACCUAAUCACAAAAGGAAAUUGAAAGAUACCGUGUUGGCAUUAGCUAAAAAGAAUUGGCUGUAAAGUUAACAUUAUUUUAAUACAAAUUAUAUUUUAUAGAAAGAGUUCUUUUGAAAUUGUAAGUACAUUAAUUUAGUUACUGUUUGUUAAUAAUAAAAAUAUAUAUAU